GCUUCAAAUUUCCAUAGCCAUGGACACAGCUAAAUGGCCUCAGGAGUUUGUUGUGAAGCCAAUGAACGAGAUCGUGACAAACACAUGCCUAAAGCAGCCGAAUCAUCCUCCUACUGCUACUCCGGUGGAAAGGAAGGCAAGACCGGAGAAGGACCAGGCUUUGAACUGUCCUAGAUGCAACUCUUUAAACACCAAGUUCUGUUACUACAACAACUACAGCCUCACGCAGCCCAGGUACUUUUGUAAAGACUGCAGGAGGUAUUGGACCGCAGGUGGUUCCCUCAGGAACAUCCCCGUCGGUGGUGGCGUCCGCAAGAACAAGAGAUCUUCUUCCUCUUCUUCCAAUUCCUCUUCACCCUCUUCGUCUUCUUCUUCUAAGAAACCUCUUUUUGCCAACAACAACAACACGCCUACGCCUCCUCUUCCUCAGCUUAACCCUAAGAUUGGUGAAGCAGCGGCUACUAAAGUUCAAGACUUGACGUUUUCUCAGGGGUUUGGGAACGCCCACGAGGUUAAAGAUCUUAACUUGGCGUUUUCUCAAGGGUUUGGGAUUGCUCAUCAUCAUCACAAUAGUAUCCCAGAGUUUAUGCAAGUAGUACCCAGCAGCAGUAUGAAGAACAACACACUUGUCUCAACUUCCUCGGCUUUGGAGCUUUUAGGGAUCUCUGCUUCCUCCGCUUCCUCUAAUUCUUCACGCCCUGCUUUCAUGUCUUAUCCAAAUGUUCACGAUUCAUCGGUCUACACAGCGUCCGGGUUUGGUCUGAGUUACCCACAGUUUCAAGACUUCAUGAGACCGGCUUUGGGGUUCUCUCUUGAUGGUGGGGAUCCUCUACAUCAAGAAGAGGGGUCCAGUGGUACUAAUAAUGGAAGGCCUUUGCUGCCAUUCGAGAGCCUCAAACUUCCAGUUUCAUCAUCAAGCACCAACAGUGGUGGUAAUGACAAUGUGAAAGAGAUUAAUGAUCAUCAUAGUGAACAUGAGAAAGAAGAAGGAGAAGCUGACCAUUCUGUUGGGUUUUGGAAUGGCAUGUUAAGUGCUGGUGCUUCUGCUGCUGCGUCUGGUGGUGGAUCAUGGCAAUAAUUAUAGUCAUGGACCCAAGAGAGCUUUUUAGAAGAAAAGAUUAAAUUUUUCAUCCAAAUUUUAAAAAGAUGAGAGGGUUAACUAUAUAAUCUGGGUGUUUACUAUUUUAGUUCUUUUCCUUUGGUUUCCUCCUUUUCUAAGAAAUUAGUAUUAUUAAC